AUGACCCGCGUGCCUUUCGGGACUUCCGCGAGCCCAUUUCUGCUUGCGGCUACUCUGCAACAUCAUCUGCAAAACACGAAAGGACCCGACGAGGACAUUGCCGUCACUUUGGCCAACUCCUUUUACGUGCAUGAUCUGCUCAUGGGUGCCGAUACGCUGGACGAAGCAGGGAGAAUCGCUGCGGGAGCGCAGGCCAUAAUGCAAGGGGCAGGGAUGAAGCUGAGCAAGUGGUCAUCGAGUGCCAUGGAGCUGCAGAGUGUUUUCGAAGAUCUGAACACGGACAACUGCAACGUGAACAAGCGACUUGGAGAUACUGAAGACAGAAAAGUCCUUGGCAUCGUUUGGGACAGAACUGGUGAUCACUUCAGGUUUUCUGCCGAACAUCUACUGGACACCAUGAUCGCCGCAACGCCGACGAAGCGCAGCGUGUUGCAAACAUGUGGCAAGAUCUUUGACCCGCUCGGUUUCCUCGCUCCUUAUACAAUCAGAGCGAAGAUUUUAUUCCAGAGAAUAUGGGAGCGAGGACUGGACUGGGACAACGAGCUCCCAGAUGACUUGUUACAAGAAUGGAAAUCAUGGUGCGAGGAGUUGCCGAAGCUCGGCAUCAUUUCACUGGAACGAUGCCUUACACCUGUGAAUGGGACCGGCUACACGGCGGAGCUACAUAUAUUUACCGACGCCAGCCCUCAGGCCUACGGUGCCUGCGUGUUCGUACGGACGGUAGACGACAUGGGAGCUGUCAAGGUGGGGCUGCUGUUCGCAAAGUCCCGCGUGGCACCCAUCAAGAAGCUCACUCUGCCACGUCUCGAACUGAUGGGUGCGGUGAUCGGGAUUCGAAUUGCCAAGCUCGUGCGUGAUUCGCUACAAAUCCUGUCAGGCGAACCAACCUACUGGACGGAUUCCACUAUUGUCCUCAGCUGGAUCAAGGGUGACUCAAGUAGGUGGAAACCGUUCGUCAAGAACCGUGUGACGGAGAUCCAAAGCAACAGUGACCCAUCACAAUGGCGACACUGCCGUGGGGCUUCAAACCCAGCCGACGCUCUUACUAGAGGACUGAGAGUGGACGUUCUCGCGGAAUACAAACAGUGGUUCAUCGGACCAGAAUGGAUGCGCAUUGCACCCGAACUCUGGCCACCAACGAGUACACAGGAAACACACCUCGACAUGGUACAAGAAGAGCAACGAGUACAAGACGUCGCCGUGAAUCACGUGCAGAUAAAAACCGACUUGCUGUUGGAUCCCAAAGAUUACAGCAACUACCAACGCAUAUUGCGAGUCACGGCAUGGAUUUUUCGGUUUGCGGAAAACUGCCGGCGAAGAAACCGCAAGAACGGUCCACUGACCGCUGAGGAAAUGGACAGAGCCGAAAUAUUCUGCAUCAAACAGGUACAGAGCGAUGCCUACGCAGAUGAGGUGCUAGCCCUUUCCCACGGCUUGGCACUACAGAAGUCGUCAAGGAUAGCGGAGCUACAGCCAUACCUCGACGGGAAUGGACUCCUGCGACUCACUGGAAGGCUGCAGUGCGCUGAAGAACCCGAACAAAUUAAACACCCCAUUCUGCUGCCAAAGGAGCAUGAGCUAACUCGACACAUCGUGGAGGCGGCACAUCGUCGCACUUUGCACGGAGGACUCCAGGCCACGCUCUCGGAGAUACGUGAAAAGUGGUGGAUCACUCGAGCCAGGCAACUGGCGGAUGACGAUGACGGCUCAUCCCCAUACAGAGUCGUGGUGCCACGGAAGUUGCGCAUUCAGCACAAGAAGACCUCCCCGUAUCACCCUCAGGCUAACAUUACCGAAUGUAUUAAUCGAAACCUGAAAAUGAUGUUCGUUACUUUUACUAGUCAGCACCACCGUGAGUGGGAUCUUCGCCUGGCUGAACUGGCGUUCGCUACACGGACAACAGUCAACAGAUCUACAGGCUUCACCCCGGCAUUUCUGAACUUAGGGCGAGAGGCACCUUUUCCCGUGGAGAAUGCUCUGGGCCUCCGGGAUGGCUGUACUCGGUUGGACCAGGCUUGCCAGUACAACCGAGGACGACGGAACCUCACCUGCAGCGUCGGUGACCUCGUCGGCUUUGCAGCCUCGCUCGCAGAUAGGCGGGAUGGCCCCUUCGUGGUAAGUGCGUGCUCCUUCGGCCUCACUUACAGGCUUCGUCGCUGUGAAACGGGCGAAGCAACUGGGCCAGUGCACAUCUCGGACUUGAAACCUUACCACCUCCGAGAGCGGAGACUCUGA